AUGGCCCUGAGAGUAUGUGGCUUGAUCAUCUUCCAAAGACACCUCAUAACCAAGAGGGACCAAACAGAUGGUAUUCAUCAUUGGAUUCAUCCCAAAGGACAUGAGGACCCUGGAGAGAAUGACUUAGAAAUAGCUCUGAGAGAGACCGAGGAAACUGGCACAGAAGCAAGUCAUCUGAUUUUAAUUGAGAUGUUCAGAAAGGAGUUCAAUUAUGACAGCAGGAAGAAACUUAGAACAGUCAUUUAUUGGCUGGCAGAGUUAAAAGAUUAUGAUGUAAAGAUCAACUUCUCCCUAAAGCAUCAAGCACACCACUGGCUAGGGUUGGAUGAUGCCUGCAUUGGUCCAAUUCAAGAAGAUGUGGGCACCACUUCAAGAGGACAUCAGUUUCUCUGCUCCACACCAUCCUGA